UGUCGAAACUUCAUCAUCCAAUGGCUUCUUCGUCCAAACCCGUGAAGGUUUAUCACGUGUUCCUGAGCUUCAGAGGCACGGAUGUCCGCGACAAUUUCCUCCGCCAUCUCUACGCAGCUCUUGACCUGAAAGGAAUCUACACUUAUGUCGACAGCGAGGAGCUCAGGAAAGGGGAGGAAAUAGGGCCGGCGCUUACGAAGGCGAUCGAGAAAUCGCACAUGGCGGUCAUCAUUUUCUCCGAGGCUUACGCUUCCUCAUCGUGGUGUUUGGAAGAGGCGGCGAAGAUCAUGGAGUGCCGGGAGGAGAGAGGCCUCAUGGUCUUCACGGUGUUUUACAAAGUGGAACCCAGAGAAGUGAGGACGCCAAGAGACAAGUACAGAAAAGCCAUGGACAAACACGAGUCCAAGUUGGGGGAGAACUCGGAGGAAGUGAAGAGAUGGAAGGAAGCUCUUUCAAAAGCCAGUAACUUGUCCGGGUGGGAAUUGAAGGACGGAGAUGACUCAGAUCAUAUACAGAGAAUUGUGAAGGAUAUUGCCAAUAGCCUUGGCCGAACACCUUUGCAUGUUGCUAAGCAUCCGGUCGGGAUAGAUUCCCGUGUGGUUAAGCUGAAAUCGAUGUUAAACCUUGAGUCUCAGGAUGGCAUUCUCAUGAUGGGAUUGUGGGGAAAAGGAGGCAUAGGAAAAACGACUCUAGCUAAAGCCAUUUACAAUGAUAUUUUCGGUAAAUUUGACAGUUCAAGUUUUCUGGCAGAUGUUCGCGAAACUUCAAAAGAAUGCAAGGAUUUGGUCACUUUGCAGGAGAAAUUAUUAUCCGAGAUACUAUUACGGAAAGAAAAAUUAGUAGUGUCUAGUGUUGAUGCAGGUUCUGAGCUAAUACGAGAAAGACUUCAGCACAAAAAAGUUCUCCUUGUCCUUGAUAAUGUCGAUGACUUACGCCAGUUAAAUGCUUUAGCAGGAGAAGGCAAUUGGUUUGGUAAUGGAAGCAGGAUUAUUGUUACUACAAGAGAUAAACAUUUGAUAACUUGUUGUGCAAUUGAUCAAGUUCUUGUGCAUGAAGUUAAAGCACUAGAAGACAGUGAAGCUCGUGAGCUGCUGAGCAGUCAUGCUUUUCCGACACACCAAAAAUUAGAAAUCAGAAGAGAUUUGGUGGAUAGUGUUUUGAAUCAUGCUGGAGGCCUUCCUUUAGCACUUGAGGUGCUGGGUUCCUUCUUGUGUGGGAGAAGAGAAGAUGUAUGGGAAAGUUCACUAAAGAAGCUUUCUAAGAUUCCCAACAAGACCAUUAACGAUGUGCUCAAAAUAAGCUAUGAUGGACUGGAGGAAAAUGAGAAAGAGAUUUUUCUCGACAUUGCCUGCUUUUUUAAGAGGAGAGAUACUGAGUACGUAAAGAAAGUUCUCAAUAGUUGCGAACUUGAGGCGGUAAUAGGAUUAGAAAUCCUCAUUGAGAGGUCCUUGAUAAACAUUGAGCACGAGCAACUGCAAAUGCAUGACUUGAUUCAGUCAAUGGGUAAGGAUAUUGUGAGACUAGAAUGUCGCGAUGAUCCCGGGAGACGCAGCAGACUAUGGCUAUUAGAUGAUGUUGUCGAUGUUCUGUCGAGCGAUAUGGGAGCUUGUGCUGUAAAAGCCAUAGUGUUGGAGCCACCUACGCCAACGGAGAUAUAUAUCGGUCCCGAUGCUUUUACAAAAAUGAGAAAGUUGAGAUUGCUCAUUUUGCGCAACGUGCAUAAUUCAUUCCAAGGUCCUAUUUAUCUUCCCGAUGAGCUAAGAUGGUUUCGAUGGGCCGGAUGUGCUCGCCCGAUUCCAGAAUUUUCCCCUGGUCGAAACAAAUUAGUGGGACUUGAUAUGGAGGAAUGCAAUAUGACACUAGUGCCAAAACAAUUUAAGGACUUCCAACAAUUGAAGUACCUUAAUUUCAGUGAGUGCCAGUCACUGGUUCAAAUGCCCGACCUCUCAUGUACUCCAAAUCUCGAGGAAUUGGAUCUCCAGGAUUGCAAGAACUUGGUGGAAGCCCACGAUUCAAUUGCGUAUCAUGACAAGUUACAUGUAUUGAAUCUAAGUGGGUGCUCUGAACUUUGUGUUUUUCCUAAUGUGCUCAAGUCGAAAAAUCUUGGAGUUCUCAAUCUUUAUGAAUGCACAAAACUCGAGAAGUUCCCUGAUAUUCCACAUAAGCUCGAAGGCUUGAAAAAACUUGGGUUACAAGGGACCGCUAUUAAAGAGCUUCCAGCAUCAAUAGAAAAUCUUGUCUCUUUGGAGGGAAUGUAUUUGGAUAAUUGCAAGAACUUGGUAAGUCUUCCCUCCGGCAUUUACAAGUUACAAAACAUUGAAACCUUGACACUUGACGGUUGCACAAAUUUAACCGAGUUUCCAAAGUACGAGGAUUCAGCUGAUCCGCACAUGAAGUUCGGACUUUCAAAUUUAAGAUGGUUAAAUCUUUCGGGAUGUAAUCUAUCCGAAGUAGAUUUUCUCGAGAAUCUUUCCUGUUUUCCCUCCUUGACAACUUUAUUUCUGUGGGAGAACGAUAUUACUAGCCUUCCUACGUCCAUUAAUAAGCGUCAUCGGUUGGAACGAUUGGAAGUUUCAAAUUGCCGUCGAUUACAAGGGAUUCCCGAGCUUCCACCAUUUUUGCACCAUCUUAAGGCAGAAGGUUGCGAAUCUCUGCAAAAAAAUGGAGAAGUCACUUUUUCCGUAGAACGUCGACCAUGCCUCUUGUUAAAUUCUUCUAUUGGGUACUAA